CAUGUAUCCCACCAAUCUAUAGUUCCUUGCCUUUGCAUGUACAUUUUUUCACCGUUAAUUUCAGCGUUUAUUUAUUCAUCAUUUUAUUUCACAAUUGCAAAUAACAAAUGGCUCUUGUCAUGCCAUCGCUUCUGCUACUAGUUAUGUUCGUAGUAGUAGUAUCCGUAAUGUUUGCUCCUACAGGGACCUCCACUUCUAGCCAGGGCUUCCGGGUCACACUCAAGAGAGCGGACUCGGGCCAGAACUUGACCCGGCUCGACCGCCUCCGCCGCGGACUCGACCGCGACAACGCCAGGCUCCGAAACCUGCCUGAAGCCGCCGGUGACGUCAGCACACCGGUCGUGUUCGACCAGUACGAGUUCCUCUUCGACCUAGCCAUCGGCACACCUCCGGUCACUUUCUCGGCGAUCCUGGACACCGGCAGCGACCUCAUAUGGACCCAGUGCGCCCCCUGCGUCAACUGCUACCCUCAGAACACACCGAUUUUCGACCCGGCUCGGUCCUCGUCCUUCUCCAAGCUCCCUUGCUCCAACCGCUUCUGCUCCUUUUUCGCCAACCCCUGCGGAAACGACGGCGCAUGCAACUACGUGUACCCCUACUUCGACGAAUCCGUCACCAAGGGCGUCCUGGCGACCGAAACGCUGUCGUUUGGAGGACCGGGUGGCGGGAAGCUUCCGGGGAUCGCGUUCGGGUGCGGGCGGGACAAUACUGGGGACUUGAACCUGGGAGGUGGGCUCGUGGGCCUGGGCCGAGGCCCAUUGUCACUCGUCUCGCAACUCAAGGAGCCCAGAUUCGCGUACUGCUUGCCUUCAGUCGACAUCCCCAACGCCAGGGGUACGCUCACGCUGGGAUCUCUGGCAGGGCUGGGAAACGGCGCCGCACUGGCGAAAACGACGAGAUUGAUCAGGAACCUUCAGAAGCCGACGUUCUACUACCUUGCGUUCCAAGGAAUCUCGGUCGGUGGGACCCGGCUGCCCAUCGAUCCGUCGAUCUUCGCCAUCCAGGUGGACGGCAGCGGAGGGCUGGUAAUCGAUUCGGGGACUACGUACAUGCGGCUGAGGCAGCCGGCUUUCAACGUGGUGAAGGAGGCGUUCAAGGCGCGGGUCGGGCUGCCGGCUGACGAGUCGCGGUCGACGGGGCUGAGCCUGUGCUUCGUGACGGAGGGGAACUCGGCGAUCAGGGUGCCGAGCCUGGUGCUGCAUUUUGAAGGGGCGGACGUGGAGCUUCCGAAGGAGAAUUACAUGGUUGAGAUUCCAGGAAGGGCGUGCCUGGGGAUACUGGGGAAUACUCGUUGUCGAUUCUGGGGAAUGUUCAGCAGCAGAAUUUCGUGGUGCUUCAUGACCUUGUGGAGGGGACGGUGUCGUUUCUGCCGAGCAAGUGUCGUUGAUUGGAUUAGGUUGCUGCUGCGGUGGGCAUGGAGUGGGAUCGUUGGUAGAGUAUGAUUGAGGAGACGACUGCAGAUUCAAUUGGUUUAAUAAGUUUGUUUUCUACAUAAAUAAGUAGUAGGGGGGAAACUGGAAAGGGAUGGUUCUGGGUAGGGAUGGCAAAUUACCCACCCAUGGAUAAUUAUACCCAAACCCAAGUAGACCUAUUGAUAAUGGGUUGGGUAUGGGUGAAGUGCAUAUGGAUUUGGGGGUUUAGAGAUGGGUUUGGGUUUGGGGCUUCUAUAAUCUAAAUGGGUAUGGGUUGGAUAUGGAUAUCCAUUUACUUGAGGGUGUUUUAACUACACAUGCAAAAAUUGGACCUAUUUGUAAAAUUUGAAAAGUUUAGGUACCAAAAUGUAAGACCAAAACGUAAUUUUCCAUCGAUAUUUUGAGGACUUAUAUGCAAAAAAAAUUAAAUUUAGGUACUAAUUAUGCAUAUCUAUUAAGUUUGGGUACCAACUGUAAUUUGUAUUUGGGCAUGGGUACAAACCCAAAUCCAUUUUAUAUAAACCCAACUCAACCCAAAGUAAAUGGGUAUGGGUACAAACCCAUCAAACUCUACCCAUAUCCAUCUAUUUAGAUUUCAUACCCAACCCAAUUGGGUUGGAUAGUAAGAAACCCAUGGACAUGGGCAAAGUUGUCAUCCCUAGUUGUGGGCGGAUGAUGGGGUUACAGUUACAUGAUUAGUUACCGUUGUGUACGUACGUAAAUGUGUUGAAUACUUCGGUGUGUGAUGAUUCAAGGCUGGCUAUAUAUCCAUUUCUUCUAUUCGAGUCUUGUAAUUAAGUUUGUUUAUUUCAUGUUAUCAUGUUAUUCAAAAAUAAACUCACAAGUUGGACAAUAGAUUCAUAUUUACAUGAUCUUUUGUGCAAAAGUUUGAUGGUGGCUCGGAAUUUGAAAGGCAAAAUACACUUUCGUAGCCAUAACUUUUCGCGUUGUGACAAUAAUAGCCAAAUUUUUGAAAAAUACACUGAUAUAAUCAUUCCGCCAAAAACUUUAACGGACCAAAUGCAGAUGCUGACUGGACUAACUGUUAGCACGUUGACUUAUGACGUGUCAAUUGACUUUUUUUUGCCACGUCUACUUAAAAAAAUUGAAUUUUGCACAUAUAAUUAACUAAAAGGAAUAUUUCACAAGAAAAUAACAAAUCAUCAAAAAAGACUAAUAUCAUUGCUUUCCCCUCUCUCUGCUCCAAACAGAGAACCAAGAUCUAAUCCCUAACUUAUUUCUUUCUCCCCACGAAUAACAAAAAUCUAAUCCCUAGUUUCCUUGCUUCCAAGAGCGAGUUCCUCUUCCCCUACUUCAUCAUACUAUCCUUUACUCUUCUCUUCCGGCAGCAAAGGCGAAGAGGGCGGUGGACAGAGGACGAGGGGAUUCUUCACUAUUCUUCUUCGCACUGGCAAGGCUUUCAGAGGUGGAUAGCGAGAUCCGCACCAAAUUUCAAGUUAUCACCGCUUUCGCGUCAAGUGCGGCUCCAUUGAGGAACGCUCGCCUCGCCUCCCACAAAUCCAUUUUCGCCCGCACUAAAAUAUGACGUGGCAUCUACAUGGUAUGACGAAUCUAGUUAGAGAUGAUGUGUCGUUUAGGUGGCAUCCACAUUAGCUUAAAAUCUACUUAACUGAUAGAGUUGCUCACGACAUUAAAAGUUUGUAACGGAA